AAUGCGAAAGGAAAUUAUUUCACCUCAGCUUAAAUAUCAUAGGAGCUUCACAGCUCUAGAGAGCAGAGAGUAGGAGCAUAAUUCGCAGUUUAAUUACAGUAGGAAACAAUCACACAAUAUUUAGAAAUUCUACAAGUUGUUAAGGACAAUUGCCAGUUCGGAAAGUAUCCUAAAAGGAAACUCAAGUCAUGACCACAGAGGAGUUAAAUUUUGUAUGCGAAAAGCUGGGCAACUUCCAGUACAUGGACAAUCAGUUGGAAUCGGCCAAGGAGUACGCCCACUGGCUGCUCUCCAACAUGGAGCUGAGCUGGCGUGGCUGUCUGAUACCGGGAUUGCUGGGAUAUUUGCGUGAGCCGGGGCCGCAGCGUUCGCCGCGUCAAUGCGUGAAGGCGUUGCGCGUGCUGCACGAGACGACGACGCACUGCACCAAGGUCGAUCUGAAGCGCCUGGUACUGACCACAGAUUUGCUCUCGCUGAUGCGCGAAAUGCUGCAGCUGACCAAAUUGCGUGGCACCAUCAAAUGCUGCUGUUUGGCCUUGCUGAGCAACAUCCUCGUCUCCGGCUGGCGUAUGCGGGAUGCCGUCGUCGAGUCGGGCCUGCUCGCCGAGCUGCUGCAAAUGCUGACGCACCGCCGACGCGGCCAGCAGACAGUGCAGCAAUGCGACAAGGGGCAAGUGCUAUGGCUGCUCUAUCAGGUGUUGCGCUACAAGGUGCCGGGCCCCACAUUGAAUGCCAUACGAAAGAUUGCCCUAGCGCUGCCCGCGCUACUGCAUCAUUCGCAGGACGUGGAGCUGCUGUUGCCCACGCUGCAGUUGGCGCGCCUCAUCUCCGAAUAUCACUCGACCAUGGUCCCGGCGAUGGUCAAGACGAAGCUAUUGGGCCGCGUUGUGCGCUUUGUACUGAGUCCCCUGCCAGAGAUUCAGCGUGAGGCGCUCUUUGUGGUCGCCAAUGUGUGCCUGGAGUACCGCCGACGUCAGGCACUGUUUCGCUUUCCCAAGAGCAUCCUGCUGCAUGUCCAUGGCCUGGCACUGGGCGGCCGGCCGGACAUACGUGUGCUGGUGCUGCACCUGAUGGGCGGCAUUAUAGACAACAGGUGCAUCAAGUUGGAGCACUUCGUGGAGCUCGGCCUGCUCAAGAAGAUUGUCUACUGCGCCAGCAAAGAUGAGAAGGACGAUGCAGUUCGCCUGGCCGCUGGCUGGACACUGGUUAGCCUAGCAUUGCACCUGUGUCGCUGCUAUUUGGACUAUUUUAUUGACUGCGGCGCGCUGCACGCCAUCUGUGAGCUGCUGCGCCUGGAGCUGCCUGUCCAGCUGUUGCGUAAUAUACUCGUCGUACUCUUUCUGCUGGGCGAGAAGCAUUGCCAUAGCAAACAAUGUUUGUUGCACGUCAUGUGGCAGUGCAACAUUUGGCCCAAGAUUCAAUCGCUGCAGGGCAGCAACAAUGCUGCCGUUAGAACUCUCUGCACACUUCUCACCUCUCGUCAUGCCAUGGAACUGAUUUGGCCCGAGGCGCGUAUCUAUCUGAGAAUGUAACUUUAUUAACAAUUAUCAUAUUUGUAUGCAAAAUGUAAUGAACAUAAAUUUAUUUACACUGGUAGGGCACAAAUGUAAAUUGAUUUGUUAAUGCUGUCUCCUCAUCACACAAAAGGCACAUCCGAUCAUCACAGCAGGAGCGGGCAGACUAAAUGGUUGCAUUACACGAACAGCUGCUCUAAGCAUUCACACCAAUACAAUAAAGCACUCAACCAAGAUACUUUUCUCACUCAGUUCUCUCCAGCUCACGUUGAAAGAUUGCGGGACUCAAGUAACGGUAUCCGGUUAAAUCUCCCGCUCACUCAGUACUGCUCGUCGGCAGGGCUGCCAAUUUUGAUCAGAAAAAGGCUGUUUUUAAUGGAGGGGAGAGAGAAAAGCUGAUAAAUAA